UCCGGGUGAACGAACCCAAAUCGCGCGUGCGCUGUUGUGGCCCAUGCUGUGGCGGCGCGGCGAUGGAACCGGCUGAGCUGCAGAACGAGCUAGUGUCAGCCGAGGGCCGGAACCGGAAGGCUGUGCUGUGCCAGCGUUGCGGCUCUAGGGUGCUGCAGCCAGGGACUGCUCUUUUCUCUCGCCGACAGCUUUUCCUCCCCUCCAUGAGAAAGAAGCCAGCCCUGGCUGAUGGCAGCAAUUCUGACGGUGAUCUCCUCCAGGAACACUGGCUGGUUAACGACAUGUUCAUCUUUGAGAAUGUGGGCUUCACCAAGGACGUGGGCAACAUCAAGUUUCUGGUCUGCGCGGACUGUGAGAUUGGACCCAUUGGCUGGCAUUGCCUGGACGACAAGAACAGUUUCUAUGUGGCCUUGGAACGAGUUUCCCAUGAGUAACUGAGGGGACUCGGCGCCACCCUAUAAAGCCGUGCUGGCCGUCUUGGUCUCAGAGGACAUCCUGCCUCCUCCAAGCCUCAGUGCAUGCCUCCUCCCACUUAGUCCUCCAUGUGUCACAGCUGUCCUCACCCCCACCUCCCCGAUUCGGAACAUGGAAAAAUGUGGAAGUCCUCUACAAGUGUGGUCUGGUCCAGGGCACUGUGCCUAGCCACCUUCCUGCUCAGCAAGGGCAGCAGUCACCUUUUCAGCCACGAUGACAGGGAAAGAUGCUCACUUGCUAAUAGUUGAAACUCCACCUUUUUCUUCUUCAAGAAGCCAGGUGUACUAGGCGCAUACCUGCCGGCCUUCCGCUUGGAAGGUGUGAGCAGGAAGGUCAGGAGUUCAAGGCCAGCCUCAACCGCAUACUGAAUUCUAAAAGCUAGCCUGGGCUCUGUGAGAUGUCUCAAAAAACAUAAAGCAAACAAGUAUUUGCAAGUGACUUUGUUGUGUGCGACCUGCUUGUCUACAGCAGUUUAUUCUCUUUAAACGUAAAACAUUUACAAAUGUCAGUAUUUAAACCACUAGUCAGAAACACAUUGCUUCAGACACAUUUUCAGUACUGUGUUCGGACCCUUUGUUCCAGGUUGAUAGUGACAUUCUUCAGUGAAGACGGAUGUGGGCGGGCGUUCUUCCCACAGAUCUCGAGGGGGUUUCUCUUUGUAUUAGUGCCUCACUGCUGCAGUCUGCAUUGUUAACCCCAGGGAGACAGCCUGACUGUGUACCAGGCUCUUUUGGAAUCAGAAUGGAGGAUGGAGGAUAUACAAAGGAUUGCUUAGCUGCAUCAACCUGGGUUUAUUAAGAAAGACUUCUUUAAUGGGUAAGGUCAUAUUUCAUAAAUACAGGUUGUAAGGUCCUCAGGAGUUUGGUUCACUGAGUUCCAUUCCUAGCGCCCACAUCAGGUGGUUCACAGCUGCCUUUAAGGCCAGUUCGAGGGGAUCUGCACUCUGGCCUCUUCAGUUGCCUGCACACGUGUGACGUGCAUACAGACAAGCAGGCACACACAUACAAAUAAGCAAAUAAAAAUUUUGCAAAAUAAAAAACAAAAGUUUCAAUCAGGCGGUGGUGGCACAUACCUUUAAUCCCAGCACUAGGGAGGCAGAGGCAGGCUGGUCUACAGAGCAAGUUCUAGGACAGCCUGGGCUGUCACACAUUGAAACUCCCUCUAUAUCGGCUUCCUGACUGCUUUCCUCACUGAAGUUUUCUGAGGACUCCCUCUUAAAGUAUAGGCUCUGAGCACAGUUUUGCCAGCGCCCUGCUCACUUAGGUGGCUUUCUAUCCCACUCAGAGUCUGUGUGGGCUCCACUGGCAAGGGAGAGACCGUGUUUUCCAGACAGAUAAGCACACCUGAGUGUGGCAUUUGCAGGAAAACAGCUAAGACUACUGACCAGCUCGGGUUAGAAGGAGCAAAGCAAGCAGAUGCUCUAGGGACCCAUGCGCCCUCACUUCACAAGUCAAAGACCCAAGCUCAACUAGGCUUUUAACUCCUGUUCAUCUUCUAACCACAGAAAUGAUACAUGAUAAUUAUAUAUCAAUGUAAGAACCAGUAUAAAGUUCUAACUAACUCACUUCUACUGGGCAGUGGUAAUGUGUAUAUCCUGGCUUCCUAUGUGCAAACAUGUUGUUUUCUAAACAUGAGUUCAUAUUGUACUCUUUUAUAACUUUUUUUUUUUUUUUUUUUUUUUUUUGGUUUUUGGUUUUUCGAGACAGGGUUUCUCUGUGGAUUUGGAGCCUGUCCUAGAACUAGCUCUGUAGACCAGGCUGGUCUCGAACUCACAGAGAUCCGCCUGCCUCUUAUAGCUUGUUUUUCAUUUACCAAAACAGGACCAUCUUCCUUGUCAGCAGACACUGUUGCCAAUGCUCCAUUGUAUUGCUGGGCUAUAAUUUCUGUAAUCCACUGUUGUGUUGCCUACAGUUGCCCCUAACAGUGACAUGACAUACAAGGGUGUGAACUGUGUUUUCAUCCUUAUUUCCUCGGCUUGCAUCUUAAGAAGUGAAGUUGCAGGGUGGGCAUGCUGUCAAAGCUCUGCUGUGCGGACAUUCUUCAAGGCCACCUUGUCACCCCACUCCCCCUUCAGCAACGCGAAAGAACACUCAGUCUUCCCCUCCCCUACUAGCACUGGGGGGUUUUAUCAUUAAGAAACACUUGCACUUCCA